GGAUUUCUACCCGUCCUCUGGCCACAACAGUUCCCUGGACACAGAGAACGAUUACUGCCUGCAGAGGGUCUGAGCCGCGCCUUGAACUCUCCCCUCGCCCCAAUUAUGCUAUUCCGCAAGGGUGCACAAAUAUAACUCAAGCCUAUCGCCCAGUGCCAUUUAUCAGAGAACAGUGCCCAGUAACGGAGUGAAAUGAAGCCGCUAGCGUCUGCUCUGGCGGUCCUUUUGGUGACCCUGGUGCGCUGUGCCCCUCCACGGUGUGAGCCCGGGGAUCAAGCACAAGGACAAUGUCAAGCUGAAGCUGUAGAGAAAGCACAGUGUAUGAACAACUAUCUAAAUUACUGUUCAGGCGUAUCUUACUCAAAGAUAAUGUUUCCGAACUUGAUUGGUCAAAUAUCAAGAGCAGAAACUGAGAUGAGUGCGGAGUAUGUUCUUAUCAGUGUCUUGGACAACUUGCUGAAUGGAGAAUGUAACACAGAUCUCAGGUUGAUGGGCUGUUCCAUCCUUGCUCCACGUUGUGAGAACAAUAAGAUUGUGAAGCCUUGUCGAUAUGCUUGUGAAGCACUUAAAAGAGAUUGUCAACACUCGUUUGAACUGAUUCAAAUGGCAUGGCCAUAUUUCAUGGACUGUGAUCGUUUCUUUGUUGGUGAAGAGGAGGGUUGUUAUGAUCCUGUAGGAAAAUACCAAGAUUCAAGUUUGACAGAUGAAUCAGAAGUACUCUUUUCCACAUUACAAUUCAAAUACCACAGUUAUGCAGAGAUGACAAAAUUACUGAAACGUACUGUAUCUGUGUGCUCGUCUAUCACAACAAUGUACACCAUUGGCCGUAGUUUUGAUGGCAAAGACCUUUAUGUGAUUGAAUUUUCAAGUAAUCCUGGCGAACAUGAAUUGCUUGAACCAGAAUUUAAAUAUGUUGCGAACAUGCAUGGCAAUGAAGCACUGGGGAGAGAGCUACUGCUAUAUCUUGCACAGUAUUUGUGCUCUGAGUAUUUAAGUGGAAACCAAAGAAUUCAGGCUUUAAUCAAUAAUACCAGAAUCCAUCUACUUCCUUCAAUGAAUCCUGAUGGCUACGAAAUAGCAUCUGAAGAGGGUCCUGGGUACAAUGGAUGGGGUACCGGACGGUUAAACGUUCAGAGUAUUGAUUUGAACAGGAAUUUUCCAGAUUUAACGACAAUAUUUUAUCAAGAAAGAAGAAAGAGAGGAGGCCGUGUUGAUCACAUCCCAAUUCCAAGAUCAUAUUGGAAUGGUAAGGUGGCACCUGAGACAAGGGGAGUGAUAAAAUGGAUAAAGAAAAUACCUUUUGUUCUUUCUGCAAGCUUGCAUGGUGGGGAUUUAGUCACUAGUUAUCCUUUUGAUUUAUCAAGAGUUCCAGAAGAAAACAAGCUUUUCUCACCCACUCCAGACGAUCAGAUAUUCAAGAUGUUGGCUAAAACAUAUGCUGAUGCACAUCCUAUAAUGUCGGAUAAAACAGAUGAAAGAUGUGGAGGGAACUUUGCUGAAAAAGGAGGCAUUAUAAAUGGAGCACAGUGGUACAGUUUUGCUGGAGGGAUGCAAGAUUUUAACUAUCUGCACACAAAUUGUUUUGAGACAACAUUGGAGCUUGGAUGUGAGAAAUAUCCUCCAGAAGACGACCUCUAUCCAGCCUGGCAACAAAAUAAGGAAGCUCUCCUGACAUACAUGGAAAUGGUGCAUCGAGGAAUAAAAGGAAUUGUAAAAGAUGACAAAGGAAGAGGAAUUAAAGGAGCACAGAUCAAAGUUAGAGGAAUCAGACACAAUAUCCUUUCAGUUGCUAAUGGAGAGUACUGGAGAUUACUGCCUCCUGGUACACAUUUUGUAAGUGCAUAUGCUCGAGGUCACACACGCGUUUUGAAGAGAAUAUAUUUACCAAUAAAGAUGGAGGGAUCUGGACGUGUGGACUUUGUUCUGCGUCGCAUUGAACCUGAUAUUUAUUUCGAAUCUGUCAAUGAAGGAUCAGAUGAAUUAGACCUGAUAGAACAUCUGGAGAGGACUGAGCCGGGAUAUGAAGAUGAAGAGAAUGAAUAUUCAUCUUCACGUGGAGGAAAGCCUUGGUGGUGGUCAUUCUUUGCCAAUUUGGGACCAAAUUCACCAGACUGGCUUCUACGAAAUAAUUAAUUGCUAUUGUAGAUUUUACAAUAAAUGGAGGAUACAUGAGCAAGUUGGCCUUAGAGAAUGCAGUUGUACUCUGUAGGUCUUAACCAUAAACAUUUCUUGUGAUGUGGGAAAAAUAUAUUUUGAAAACAUAUUUUCUUAAUCUUUUAGUCCUGAAGGGGCCAAUUAUAAUGACAGGCCCUCAGCACAAGAGGGCAUCACAGAUCAUAGCAAACUAAAGUGAACUCCAACCUGGUUGCAUUGCUGUGUGAAUCUGUAUGUCCAAAGUUAUACAUGUAUGUUAUGGCAGAAAAGAACUUGGAAGAGAUCAUUUUGUUUGUUGUUUUCAAUUAAAAGACAUAUUUUCUCCCUAACUACCUAUGGCAUGUGUGAUCCAGGCUGUUACUUGAGAAAAAAUUAUGGAAUCAAUCUAAAAUUUUGUAAAGAGCAGGUUGCCUUAUUCUUGUUUUCUGUGAUUGUUAUAUUAAUAGAAUUGAUGUCUUUUUACCCUUUAACAACACUAAAAAUGAAUUCCAAAAUAACAAAUUAAAUGGACAACAGAGAUAACAAGGUGUAGAGCU